GACUUGAAGGACGAGCUCAAGACCUCCAAGCAGCGCGACGAGGAACCCUGGCGCCACAGGGUGUUCAGGUGGUGGGCCAUGGCGACAAUUUAUCACACUAGAAUUCUCGAGGCUGCAUGGGCCUCGGGGCACCACUUCGCGCCGAUGGGCACGCUUGCGGAUUCUGCCGCGCGGAAGGACAUGACGAGGACCAUCCAGUUCAUGCCACCUGUCGACGUCGGCGAGAAGGUGGUGACAUUCCUCCUCAAGAAGGCCGACAAGACUGAUGACCAGGUGAAGGACAUGACAGGGGACGAGAUAGGGGAAUGCGUUGGGAACUCCGCCGACGAGCACAUCAAUACCCUGAUGGACGGCUCGGACCAGUCGCAGAUCCCGCCCGACGUCGCGCGACCAUCAGUGGACGCCGCCGUGGCGUUGGGGGAUUGGUUCGCGAAGAACUUCCAGAUGACGAUGCGUGCCAGGGAGAUUGUCCAAGAUUUCGCGAAGACCCGCGCGCGGUUCGCUUCCAUGCCACCCCCCGCGCUCGCGUCCGCGGAGAUGCUGGCGCCCCACGACGUCGCGUCCAAGGUGAACCCGAUGCAGACCCUGCAGCGCAUCACCAGCAAUUUGAACGUCAAAGCCUUCGCGCAGAAUCCACUCACCACAGACACCGACAUCAAGGCGCCCCAGUUCGACUACAUCGUCCUGGCGCACAUGGGUUUUCUGCUGGUGGCAGAUGGCCGAGCCACCAUGGCCAAGCACGCGGCUGACAGCGAGAAUUUUGCGAGGGCUGCCAACCGCAUGAUGAUGUGGAACCCCGCGGGCUUAAAGGACUUGCUCGACGGCAAGCCAAUGAAUUGCGAGGAGCUCCGCGCACUCGAAGCCCCGGUCGUUGCGGAACUGCGCGACCGGCAGGUGCCGGCGUCCCAGGUUGGCGCCCCUCCGCCGCCGAGCGAGACGCCCGAGGCGGGCGCGGGCAGCUCGCCAGCCCGCCCCGCGGGGUCGGGGCUGACGCAG